AUGGAAGCCUUCUACCUGCCCCUGAGCUGCUUUGACUACUCCACAGAAGGCAAGAACGACUUCCCACACCAGAGCCAGCUCCGUGCGCAUUUCUUGUCCUUCAUCAGCCAGGGCAAUAUCCACCGCCAUGGCUUUAACGUUCGCUUCGUGGACGGCCAGUGCAAAGUCCUGAUCAUGCAACUGGCGGUGUGCAUCGCGCACAAGCUGGGCUUGGAGAAGGACGUGCUCAGGACAUUGCCGUCCUUUGCUAUGGUUCUCUGCUCGCACACCAAGCACGCAUCCCUGGCAGCCUACCACUACGUGAACAAGCGGCAACCCACGCCGCUGGCGGCUCGUUCCGCCCAGAACUUCGAGAGUUCAAGACAGAAGAAGAUCGAGAGGGUGACAGCAGAGGGAAAAGACACAAACCAGGGGGCAGCUAACCUGACAGGCUUGGGCGCCCGGACAGCGGAGACGCAAGCUCCUUCGGCGUUGCAGUACAUGGCCGAAAUUGAGCAGGCGAUGAAGUGCGAAAAGGCGCUGACCACCAGGAAAGUCACGACCCGCGAACUCCUCUCGAAAUGUAUCGCGGACUACAACAAGUUGAUCACGGUGAAAAAUGGAGAAUCGACUCCGGCAAGCGGAAGCUCAUCUCCAAUUUGA